UUUAAUAUUUAUUUUAUUUUAGUUUCUUUAAAUAAUUAAUUAUAUUAACAUUUUAAUUAUAUAGAGUAGUAAUUAACUAUUAAAGUUUGAAUUAUUAUAAUAAUUAUUACUAAUAUUAUAUUAUUUGUUAAUUUAUAUCACAAUUUACCAAAAUAUUGUAUUAUAAAGCGAUCAAAACAACACCUGCAAUCGGCCGGUAAACAAGAGUGCACGUGCGCUCUCCCCACCUAAGUUAGAAAGUUGUUUUGAUCGCCUUAUAAAAGCGCUUGCUGUCUGUAUCUGUGAUUCAUUCGUGUUCGAACCUUGGUCGAAUAAACAUCGCUCACAAGUAUCUGUUCUAUUUAUUCAUGGAUCGUCUUCGAACCCCAACAUCAGAAGAAGCGGAUGACUACGCCCCUGACCUGCUCCCUGGCAGAUCCUCACCAACUCUACCAUGUGAAACAACUACACAAACCUCUUCAUCAUCAAAGGCUGCUCGCAACACCAACAAUGAACAAUCCAAUGACUUCACACUUCUUCGACUUCAAGUUCAACUAUUACAACAACUUCUUGACCAACGGAAACCAGCUCAAUCAAUGACGCCGAUCCAGAAAUUAAGCGAGAUCUACUUACCUGAUUUCGACCCUGAUGAGUGUCGACUGACUGUUGAAGAAUGGUGCAAGCAAGUUGAUUCACUAAUCAAUCUUCGAGGAUUUUCUAUGACUACAGCAAUGAUGAAGGGAUUGUCAUGCCUACGAGGACGUGCUAAGCUUUGGGCCGAUACUAAUGCACAUAAACAUGCAACAUGGACUGAAAUAAAAGAUGAGCUACACGCCCAGUUUAAGGCAGAAUCCCGUUAUAUUCAUUUUGUCAACAAAUUCCGUGAUUAUACGUCUUAUGAUGCAAAAAAUUACGCCGAGUACGUCAGCGAAGCUUGGCGCCUCUUCUCAAGGAUUUCUCCGAACGCUCCAGAUGAUUUGAUGGUUGAAGCCGUCAUAUCAGGAAUCCGCCCGAAAUUCAUCCAAGCGGAACUGCUGCGGUCAACUCCUAAGUCUCAAGCUGAACUGAUUGCCAGUCUACGUAACUAUAGAAAACGACCAGCUGAGUUUUCAUCAACAAAUGAACCUUAUGCAAAACAACCACGCAACGAAUUUACAUGCAACAAGUGCGGAAAACCAGGCCACAGAGUUCGAGACUGCAAAUCCAUCUACUGCGAGUUCUGUAAGCGAGCAGGACAUCUGUUGAAGGAUUGUCGCUCCAAACCAACUACUCCGAUGGCAGCUAACAAGGGAGGAUCUCAAGCAAACCUGGUACGGCGCGCGACACCCGGCAGCACGGAAAUCAACAUUGAUUGAAUGUGUCUCCGCUCAGAGCACGAGCUGUUCAUCAGAAUGGCCGUGAUAGCGUUUUAAUAUUUAUUUUAUUUUAGUUUCUUUAAAUAAUUAAUUAUAUUAACAUUUUAAUUAUAUAGAGUAGUAAUUAACUAUUAAAGUUUGAAUUAUUAUAAUAAUUAUUACUAAUAUUAUAUUAUUUGUUAAUUUAUAUCACAAUUUACCAAAAUAUUGUAUUAUAAAGCGAUCAAAACAACACCUGCAAUCGGCCGGUAAACAAGAGUGCACGUGCGCUCUCCCCACCUAAGUUAGAAAGUUGUUUUGAUCGCCUUAUAAAAGCGCUUGCUGUCUGUAUCUGUGAUUCAUUCGUGUUCGAACCUUGGUCGAAUAAACAUCGCUCACAAGUA